CAAUCACUCUCAGAUUGGUUAAGGCCACGUAUGCCUUCAGAUUCUUUUGCUUCUUGGGGCGUUAAGCCUGGAACAAAGAAUGUUAAUAAUCUUUGGUUAGAGUUAUCUGAAGGGGAGACUUUGUUAGCUGAUGCUAUACCUCCUUUUAGAACUGUUGAGGUUAUGGUUGUCAGGGUCAUUGGAAAGGACAAUAAAGUCCUUGUCGAAUCGCAUCAAGAAUUGUCGAAUGGCAUUGUUAGGCAACGGUGUAGGCCGUUGUCUGAAAAGAUGAAGCCUGGAGAGACAGUUGAAGAUGCGGCUUUUCGUGCUGUGAAAGAAGAACUUGGUUCAGUGCUUGGUGGGGAAUUUGGAGAGAAUGGGGUUGUUAAGAUUUUGCCUAAUUCGUAUACGAAGAAGGUGGAAGAAAGGGUUUCAGCGUCGUAUCCUGGAUUGCCUGCUUGCUAUGUGUUGCAUACAGUUGAGGCUGUAGUGGAUGGUUUGCCUGAUGAGGAGUUUUGCACGGAAGAAAACGAUGAGUAUGGAGAUUCUAGUGGGAGUAUGGUCAAAGAUGGUGCAGUUUCAUGUAAAAAGCAUUACUGGAAGUGGGUUGAGGCUGAUUCGUUUGAUCGUUGAUGUGGGAGGUGAGUUUGAGCUCUUGUCCUUCCAAGAUUGUAUUUUUGACUACUACUACAUGGUUCAUAAUAAAUAUGACUUCACAGGACUUGAAGGUUUAAUGUCAUAUACUUUAUAGGAUUGUUUAGAUACAGUUGCACAGAACGAAUUGCGUCAUUUAGCUUUCUAUUCAUGUUAAUAUCCAUCUCAGGGGUAUUGAGGAUUUAAUAUUUAAUGCGUGUAUAUCUUUCUAACAGUGAGAGCUUCUUGUAUUGUCCUGAGAAGAACAGGAUGGCAUUUGAAAUUCAAUUAGCAUUGUACUUGUGGUGCU